AUGCGUGUCCUCAAGUCCUGUGUCUGGCUGCUCUCAGCCGUUGGUGUUGCUGCAUCCAGCUACCAGUCGCCAACGGAAGGUGUUGAGUCUCUCGUCAAGCGCCGGCUCCCACAGCAUGUAGACUCAUUCGAGUUUGUGCUUGAGCCGCCGCAUGGCUCUGUCGUGGUCAAUGACAGCUACACUGUGUCCUCGACGAAGAACGGAAAGGUCCGGAUUGAGGGCACGACAACCAGUGCCCUGCUGUCAGGUCUUCACAAGUACUUGUCCAGCGAGGCAAACGCCGAUAUCUGGUGGUUCAUAGGAAGCCAGCUUGACCAGACCCCGAAGAACCUCCCUAAGCUCAGGGCCCCCAUCAAGGGCUCCAGUGUCGUGCCUUAUCGCUACUACUGGAACACUGUGACAACCUCUUACACGAGUGCCUUCUGGACAUGGGAGGACUGGGAGACCCAGCUGGACUGGAUGGCACUCCGCGGCGUCAACCUGGCUCUCGCCUGGAUCGGCGUCGAAAAGAUCUUCAUUGACGCCUUUCACGAGAUCGGCCUGAACGACGAAGAGAUCGACUCCUUCAUCAGCGGACCCGCGUUCCUGGCGUGGAAUCACUUUGGCAACAUCCAAGGCUCAUGGGGCGGCACCCUGCCUCGAUCCUGGGUCGACGAGCAGUUCAGCCUGCAGCUCAAGAUCCUCAAGCGCAUGGAGGAGCUCGGCAUCACGCCUAUCCUGCCGGCAUUCCCGGGUUUUGUCCCGCGCAACAUCUCCCGCGUGUUCCCCGACAUUUCGCUGUCGACAAGCCCCAUCUGGUCCAACUUUGGCACCACGCUGAGCGCAGACAUUUACAUCAAUCCGUUUGACCCGCGCUUCGCUCAGCUGCAGAAGCUCUUCAUCAACAAGCAGCAAGAGCUGUACGGCAACGUCACCAACUUCUGGACUCUGGAUCAGUUCAACGAAAACAGGCCGCUGUCUGGUGACUUGGAUUACCUGCGCAACGUCAGCCACAACACCUGGGCCGCCCUCAAGGCUGCGGACCCCGAGGCGGUCUGGGUCAUGCAGGCCUGGCUCUUCUCCAGCGACAGCAGCUUCUGGACAAACGACCGCGUCGAGGCUCUCCUCGGCGGGGUCCCUGUGAACCAGGAUAUGCUUCUGCUCGAUCUGUUCGCCGAGUCUGCUCCUCAGUGGCAGCGGACGGAUUCGUUUUACGGAAAGCCUUGGAUCUGGUGUGAGCUGCACAACUAUGGCGGCAACAUGGGCCUGUACGGCCAGAUCGAAAAUGUCACCAUCAACUCGAUGGAUGCCGUGCGCAACUCUGACUCCAUCGUUGGCUUUGGCUUGACCAUGGAAGGCCAGGAAGGCAACGAGAUCAUGUACGACCUGCUGCUGGAUCAGGCUUGGAGCCCCAAGCCCAUCGACACCGACACGUACUUCCAUGACUGGGUGUCGGCCAGAUACGGCGCCAAGAACGUCAAAGGCCUGUACAAGGGAUGGGAGAUGCUGCGACCCACGGUCUUUAACAACACCAACCUGACGGUGAACGCGGUGCAAAAGUCCAUCUUGGAGCUGACGCCGAGUAUCAGCGGCCUGCUUGGUCGUACCGGCCGCCACGGCACUACGAUCAUGUAUGAUCCAGCGGUGAUGGUCGAAGCUUGGAGCGAGUUGUUCAAGGCUGGCCUCCAGGACCUCACACUGUUCAACAACCCCUCUUAUCAGUAUGAUCUCGUUGACUGGACGCGCCAGGUCCUCGUCAACAGCUUCGAGGACCACUACAAGGACCUUGUUGACGCAUACAACAAGUCAUCAAGUCCCACCGUGAUCCGCACUCGCGGCGCCAAGCUCGUGACCCUGCUCAAGACGCUCGACGCCGUCCUGGCUACAAACAAAAACUUUCAGCUGACCCCCUGGAUCGACCGAGCCCGCGCAAGCAGUCCCUCAUCGGCCAACUUUUUCGAGUUCAACGCCCGCAACCAGAUCACGCUAUGGGGACCUCAGGGCCAGAUCGAAGACUAUGCGUCGAAGCAGUGGGCUGGCCUUGUGGGCACGUACUACGCCGAGCGGUGGCAGCAGUUUGUCGACUACCUCGCCACCACAAAGCCCGCAAACUACAACCAGACUGCCUUUCACGAGAAGCUUCUUGUCUGGGAGACAAAAUGGGGACAGCAGACUUCUACCAGGAAGGUCAAUGCCGGAGCGAGCGACAUUCGGUCCGUUUUGGACGUAGCCCUGAAGAGCUGGAGUGAUGUAUUCCAGUUGUAG